AUGCGCCACAGCCUCACGCAGCUGCUGGCGGCCUCGGCCGGCGGGGACAGCCCCUCGGGCGCCGUCUGGCCGCUGGCCGGAGCGGGGCAGGCCCCGAGAGGGCGGGAUGGCGGCGGGCAAGGGGACCCGGGCCCCGCGCGGCCCAAACCGCAGCCGCCGCGGCGGGAGCCCCCGGGCGCCUCGGAGCCGCGGCGGCAGGAGAAGGAGGCCGAGGCGCCCGGCGGCCCGCUGGAGGUGUGGGAGCAAGAGGACUGGUUCCCGGGACUGGAGCUGGGAGACCUGCUGGAGGCGGCCCGGCCGGACUGGGACCUGGACGCGGAGCUGAGCGACUGCUUCUGUGGGGACCCGGAGCCGCUGCCCGCGCCGGGCCAGGGCCCGCGGCCGCCGGCGCCCGGGCGGAGGAGCGGCGGCGCCGGGAGCCGGCUGAAGGCGGCGGCGGCGGCGCGGUUGAACCGGCUGAAAAAGAAGCAGUAUGUGCUGGGGCUGGAGAGCCGUCUGCAGGGCCUGGCUGCCGAGAACCGGCAGCUGCGGGACCGCAACCGCGGCCUGAGCCGCCGCCUGCGAGAGCUGGAGCGGGAGAGCAGCUACCUGCGGGCUGUGCUGGCGAACCAGAGCGCGCUGGGGCAGCUCCUGAGCCGCCUGGCCGGGACCCGCGCCGGCGGGCUGCAGCUCAGCACCAGCCUCUUCAGGGACACGGGCAGCCCCCGCCGCCCCCAGCAGCACCUCCUGCCCGCCGGCGAGAGCAGCGACCACGACUACGCCCUGCCCAGCUCCCGGCCCCGCGGGCUGGAGGAGGCGGCGGCGGCGGUGACUGAGACGGAGGAGGAGUGGGCGGCCCCCGGCGGGAUCUGCCUGCACGUGGACCGGGAUCAGGUGUCGGUGGAGUUCUGCUCCAUCUGUGCUCGGCGGGCAGCGGCCUCCUUCAAAAUGUAGGGUCAAGUACCUGCUGCAAGUACUCGUGGGGUUCUCACCCGUAAGGGCCUCGCGUCGCGGCGGAGGAAGCAGGCGAUGUUUCUCUUUUAGGUGGUUGCCCUGCCAGGCUCCGUUGUGUAGGGGUUAAAGAACAGUCGUUUUCCACCUCGCAACCUGGUAAGGAUCAAUAUAUUCCCAUAAUGUGGUAUCAGACAGCUUGCUUUGCUUAUCCCAGUCUCUCGUAAUGACUGGUUCAGAAAAUGGUUUCUCUGGUCCUUGGCCUCCUCUGCCAAAGCGUUUCUAGCUCUGGAUGGCAAUUAUAGUAAAGGUUACAAUCACAUCAGUCUCAUUAGCUGUUUUCAUUUUUUCGUUUUUGAAACAACUACAUUGGCUGCAUAGUAGCCAAUACAGGACCUACAUUUUGAAUUUUAACAAACCGCUCGUGCAUUUGAAAUAGAAAUUUCCUUUUAAACCAAGUAUGUGAUGAGUGGAAAAAGGAAAACAUGCUAAUAAGGGGGAUGUGGCCUUUAUAGUCUUUUAUUAUAGGGCACUGUCCCAAAAGUCUAAGUAAAUUACUUUUUGAAUGAAAAAAAGGAAAGGAAAUUGUGACCUGUUGGUUUAAAAUGCUGUCUAGUGUUAGGGAUGCACAGAACCGUUCAAAAGCCCCUCUCUAGCUUGCUCUAAUUCACAGUGCAGAGUUUUACCUGAUGAAACAGCCUGAGCACUGGUUAAAUCACUGCAGAGGAGUCCUCACAUAGAGCAGUUGCUCUUGCAUGGACCUCUGAGGAGAAGUAGGUUUGAAGAAUCAGUGCAUCGAAGUAACUCAUUACUUUACCUUCAUAAGUAAAUCUCUGUCCCCAUGCACACUGAAAUUCCUAUGUUACUUCAGAGUAGCUUUAAAUUUUAAAAAUAUUGCAUGUAUAUGCAUGUGCUUAACUCUACAGUGGAGUUCUUAAUUCAGCCUCUUACAGUAUCCAGAAAUCUAUAACCUGAUAUAAUUAAGCACCGUUUGGAGAUGAGCAAAUAUGUCUUGAGGCUAAUGAUAUGAAAAAUGCUCCAUAAUUGCUCCUGAGAUAGGAGGAAAACUAGUUUGACAAAAAAUAGUGUGUGUUUUCUUGUAGUAGUCAGUGUUUCUCCCUAUCACAAAAGAUGAGUGGGUUCUUUUUUUCAGUUGUAUUAUAAUGUUUAGGUUGUUUAAAUGUAUAUCAGUUGGGGGAAGAUGGAUUGUGAAAAUGAUAAUAUGUAAAGUGAGGUUUCACAAAGAAUACUUUUCUAAAACAGAUUAAUUUAUAAAUUUUUGUUAAAUGAUGCUAUUUAGUGUUUCUGAAGUCUUGUUUCUUAAAGCCUUAAAUGUUGUGUUUAAGGCUAAGCAGGUGAAAGCAUUUUCUCCCAGUCAUUUGCUUUAUUGGUGCUAGACCCUGUCAUGUGUUCAUCAGUAGAAAAGGAGAUGGAUUUUUCUUUGUGAAACAUCACUGUGUGAUAAAGUAUAUGUGUAUUUAGCAUCCUUGUUUUUCUUUAUGCUAAAGUGGAUUCAGCUGUGUUGGGGCAGAAGAGACGGGACCAGCUGCUGGCCACAUUUCCUGCUUUAUUUUAAAAGGUAGUAUAAGAAAUGAGAAUAAAGAGGUAACAGGGCUUUUGCUGUCUUUGGUUAAAAAAAAGAAGUUGAAUGCUGGGAUUAUUUACUGUCAUCCGAGAUGAUUUUUUAAAAAGGCAGUAGUCUGUCAAGCAGGUUUUACUCCACUGUAUGCAGAAUUCCAUCUGUUCAGGGGAUAUUGCCAGCACAAAAGAGACUUAGUGGGAUAUGUGUGACCUUACACCUCUGUGGUGGCAUCAACAGGGCUGUUCAGAGUUUCAGUCUUGGGUAACUCUGCUGUAACUGAGGGGUUAUAGCAGUGCACAGGAGUCAGAGUUAACCACCAGCACCUGCACUGACUGAUAUGCAAAAUGGAAAUAAUUUACGUUCAACCUAAUCUCAACCUGCCUAGCUCAGACCUCAUGAACGUGCUUCAUUUUUCAGUUAAUGUGCUUGAGGAAAAGAGAAACACUAAUGUAGCAAGCAUGGGAUGUUCCAGUGGCAUUUUUAUGGUUACUUCAGUGUAGGAGUGUUUUUUAAGUUAAUUAAAUAUGCAUUCUUUCUUGUCGCAUCACUGCUGAAUGGCAGGGUCAGGGACAGUUCUUCUGGCCUCUGCUGUGAACCUGCACAAUGCUCUGUCGUGACACGACCUGUGGCUGUGUCUGAGAGCAGCUGAUUUUCUCACAUGCAAACUGAUGUAUUGUGGUACAAGAACAAGGUCAAGUCCCAAGAAAGUCAGUGGCUGCAGGCAUUUCUAGUGCCUACUGAAUCAUAUUUAAACCAAAUAGAAGGGAGGAAGUUAUUUGAAACUAACCAACUGUACUAUCUGUAUGGUGUAUUAUUAAUGUAGCUUUUUGAAGUGAAAGCCUUGAAAUGACAUAACUUAAUACUUGAAAAUAUAUUGUAAAUGUUUCUUUGUAAUUAUGUGCCAUUCAGAUAAGAAUACAAUAUCAUAAUAAAAUCAGACUUGUUGAUCUUUCA